CCCCCUUCUCCGGGAUUCUAUGUGCCUCUCUUCCGUUUGGGCCCCCCAUUCUGGGCCCCUCCCUGGGACAGGUCUCUAUUGUGCCCAGCUCCCACCCCCCAUUCCGAGCCCUACCCUAGGGAGGGUCCCUAUUCUGAGCCAAACCCCUACUGCCAUCUGGCCCCUCUUCCAAGGUUCCCUCCUUGGGGCAGGGCCCCCCUCCCAUCUGGUCUCCCAAUCCAAAGGGCCAGCUUCUUUAAUCUGGCAAGGUACCAGGGUUUCAGGGGGCCGCUCGUGCACGCGGGGCGGGCUCCCCGGAGGAGGUGCCGAGAGUGACGUUCGCGUAGAGGAGGCGGGCACGGCGCAGCGUGGAGGCCUCCGCCCGGACUCCAGCUGGGGAUCCGCGCCUAGGACCGCCCCCCCCCUCCUACCACCCUCACCUCACCAGCUCGUUCUUCCUCCUCCUCCCUCCCUCCCUCCCUCCCUGCCGGCGGCCGCGGGUACAGGAGAAACUGACAGCUCAGGAAGAAGAGGCCACCGGCCUUCUCUUCCUCCCCCACUCCUAGCCCCCUCCCGUGGUCAUGAAAUCCCGGCGGGACAAGCUGAACAUCCCGGCCCUGACCUUGGAUUUGUCGCCAUGUAGCCAGAGCCCGACCCUGCUGAGCCCCUGCAGCCCUGCUAGCCCCUGCAGCCCAUUACAGACCCUGCACCCCUGGAGCUGCCGCAGUGGCAACAGGAAAAGUCUGGUGGUGGGGACACCGUCGCCCACCCUCUCCCGACCCCUGUCCCCACUCUCUGUGCCUACAGCUGGCAGCAGCCCCUUAGAUAGUCCUCGGAACUUCUCGGCCAGCACGACUGUAAACUUCCCCUUCGCACGAAGUCAUGGGCCCCGGACUGACAGGGCUGAUGGCCGGAGAUGGUCCCUUGCUUCCCUCCCCUCCUCAGGCUACGGGACCAAUACCCCCAGCUCCACUGUCUCGUCAUCCUCAUCUUCCCGAGAGCGGCUGCACCAGCUGCCAUACCAGCCAACGCCAGAUGAGCUCCACUUUCUUUCCAAGCACUUUCGCAGCUCAGAGAGCAUCGUGGAUGAAGAUGGGGGCCGCCGCUCUCCCUGCAUGCGGCCUCGCUCCCGCAGCCUCAGCCCCGGGCGAACCACAGGAGCUUUUGACAGUGACAUUGUCAUGAUGAAUCAUGUCUACAAGGAGCGAUUUCCUAAGGCCACUGCACAGAUGGAGGAGCGGCUGCAGGACAUCAUUACUACCUUCUCCCCCUCUAACACCCUGGCCCUGGCCGAUGGUGUCCUGAGCUUCAUUCACCACCAGAUAGUGGAGCUGGCUCGAGACUGUCUGGCCAAGGCCCGGGAGGACCUGGUCACCUCCCGCUACUUCUUGGAGCUUCAGGAAAAGCUAGAGAAGAUGCUGCAAGAUGCCCACGAGCGCUCAGAGAGCCAAGAGGUCUCCUUCAUCGGCCAGCUGGUUCGGAAGCUCCUGAUCGUCAUCUCCCGGCCGGCGCGGCUCCUGGAGUGCCUGGAAUUUGAUCCAGAAGAGUUCUACCACCUCCUGGAAGCAGCAGAAGGACAUGCCCGGGUGGGUCAGGGCAUCAAGACAGACAUUCCUCGAUACAUCAUUGGUCAGCUGGGCCUCACCAAGGACCCUCUAGAGGAGAUGGUACAACUGGGUCCUCCGAAUGCUGGCUCCUCCACUGCACCUGAGGAUGGAGACCCACCCGAGAACCGAUCUCUCACUGUGCCUUCCCGGAGGAAACCCUGUGAGAGCGACUUUGAGACCAUCAAACUGAUCAGCAACGGGGCAUAUGGGGCUGUGUACCUGGUCAGGCAUCGAGAGACCCGCCAGCGCUUUGCUAUCAAGAAGAUCAAUAAGCAGAACCUAGUGCUCCGGAACCAGAUCCAGCAGGUGUUUGUGGAGCGGGACAUCCUGACCUUUGCCGAGAACCCCUUUGUCGUCAGUAUGUUCUGCUCCUUUGAGACUCGGAGGCACCUCUGUAUGGUCAUGGAAUAUGUGGAAGGCGGAGACUGCGCCACACUGCUAAAGAACAUGGGCCCCCUCCCUGUGGACAUGGCCCGGAUGUACUUCGCAGAGACUGUCCUGGCUUUGGAGUAUCUUCACAAUUACGGCAUCGUGCACCGGGACCUCAAGCCUGACAACCUGUUAAUCACAUCCCUGGGCCAUAUCAAACUAACGGACUUUGGGCUGUCCAAGAUCGGGCUGAUGAGUAUGACCACCAAUCUGUAUGAGGGGCACAUCGAGAAGGACGCCCGGGAGUUUGUGGACAAGCAGGUCUGUGGGACCCCUGAAUACAUUGCACCUGAAGUGAUCUUCCGACAAGGCUAUGGGAAGCCGGUGGACUGGUGGGCCAUGGGCGUCAUCCUCUAUGAAUUUCUCGUGGGCUGUGUCCCUUUUUUUGGUGACACCCCCGAGGAACUUUUUGGCCAAGUCAUCAGUGAUGACAUCAUCUGGCCAGAAGGAGAUGAAGCACUCCCUGCUGAUGCUCAGGACCUGAUCACUAAGCUGCUGAGACAGAGUCCCCUGGACCGAUUAGGCACAGGUGGUGCCUACGAAGUCAAGCAGCACCCCUUCUUCUUCAACCUUGACUGGACGGGUCUCCUACGGCAGAAGGCAGAAUUCAUCCCACAACUGGAGGCGGAAGAUGACACUAGCUACUUUGACACUCGAUCGGAACGUUACCGCCACCUGGGGUCAGAGGAUGAUGAAACAAAUGAUGAGGAGUCGUCUACAGAAAUCCCCCAGUUUUCUUCCUGCUCACACCGGUUUAGUAAGGUUUAUAGCAGCUCUGAAUUCCUUGCUGUUCAGUCACACUUUUCUGAGAGAAGCUAUAGUGAGGACAAGGAGGAGAGGUCGGAGAGGUGGGACCGGGGUUCGGGUGAGGAGGAGAAGACCCGCCCUUUGAGCACAGAGGUCAGGCUGAGGUCCUGGACGUCAUCCGGCUCGCUGCGGCACUCCUCGUCUUCGUCCUCCCAGCCAGAGCGGAGCCAGAGCCCCUCAGCCCUGAGCACCACCUACAGCCUGGACCCCAUGCCCAAGUUCGCCUUCUCUUCCGAGGACGAAGGCCCUUGCCAGGGACCGGCCAAACCUGAGAGGCCCGUUUUUGUGCUGGGAGACCCCGAGGAGCUGGCGAGAGAAACGGCUAAGGUGUCUGCCCUCACAGCGGACGUUUCCAGCCUCAACCACGUCCGAUUACGGAGUAAUAGUACCGGGGCGAAGAACUCCACACCUCGGGUCCUGGAAGGUGGCGGGCCGGGCCGGCGUGGCCAGAAAGAAACGCCUGAGAAACAGAAGACGUCCCCCGGGGGCAGCCGGGUCCCCAAAUCGGCCUCUGUCUCCGCCCUCUCCCUAGUCAUCACUUCAGACGACUGCAGCAGCGGGGCCCUCAUGAGUCCCAUCUCCCCCCAUUCCCUCUCCUCCAACCCCUCCUCCCGGGACUCCUCCCCGAGCCGGGACUCCUCCAUCGGCAUCACCAGCCUGCGGCCUCCCAUCAUCAUCCACAGCUCCGGAAAGAAGUUCGGCUUCAGCCUGAGGGCCAUCCGCGUCUACAUGGGCGACAGCGACGUCUACACUGUGCACCACAUGGUCUGGAGCGUGGAGGAGGGCAGCCCGGCCCAAGAAGCUGGCCUGCGGGCGGGAGACCUCAUCACCCACAUCAACGGGGAGUCCGUGCUGGGCCUGGUUCACAUGGACGUGGUGGAGCUCCUGCUGAAGAGCAACAACAAGAUCUCCCUCAGAACCACGGCCCUGGAGAACACCUCCAUCAAGGUGGGGCCGGCCCGAAAGCACAACAACAAAGGCAGGAUGGCCCGGCGAGGCAAGAAAAGCAGGAAGCGUGAGAGUCAGGACAGGCGAAAGUCUCUCUUCAAGAAGAUCUCCAAGCAGUCCACGAUGCUACACACGAGUCGGAGUUUCUCAUCUGGGCUCCACCACUCCCUAUCUUCCAGCGAGAGCCUUCCUGGCUCUCCUACCCACAGCCUGUCCCCUGGCCCUGCCACCCCCUGCCGCAGCCCCGCUCCCGAUGCCCCCCCAGAUACGGUGUCUCCACAGAGCACUUCACCCUCGUCCAGCACGCCCACCUCCCCGGCGGGCCACAUCCGGCCCAGCUCCCUGCAUGGCCUGGCCUCCAAGCUGGGGGCCCCGCGCUACAAAGUCGGCCGCCGGAAGUCGACGAGCAGCAUCCCUCCAUCCCCGCUGGCCUGUACGCCCUCACCGGGACCCCAGCCCCCGUCGCCCCAGAGAUCUCCGUCUCCUUUACCGGGUUACCCCAAAAACCUCUAUGCCUUCCAGGGGAAGACCUUGUCGCCCCCGAUGAUCAGCCGGCAGACGUCCAGGCCGCGGAGCGCCGAGACCCCCCGGUCCCCCCUCCUGAAGCGAGGGCUGUCUGCCGACAAAAUCACGCCCUGCUCCAUGGAAAAGAAGCCCCUGGGGGGCCGAAAGCUCACCCUCGAGAUGCCGGCGGGGGACGGGGACGGCCUCGAGGAGAUGUCGGUCCAGGCCUUCUCGGGGGCCGGUUACACAGGCACGGCGAGCCGGGGGAGAGACUGGGCCGGAGACCGGCACGACAGGGACCAGGAGGUGGUGGUCAUGAGACGCCUAAACCUGUCCGAGCGUCGAGACUCGUUCAAAAAGCAAGAGGCCGUCCAGGAGGUGAGCUUCGACGAGCCCGAGCCCCCGGGGGACGAGGGCCCCCGCGGGCAGGAGGGCCGGGCGGAGCCCCGGGGGCCACGGCCGGGGGCGCGAGAACAAAAGCCGCCCCCCGUGCCCCAGAUCGCCGUGCAGGGCUCCGAGGGCGACGUGCACGAGCCGGGCUCGGCCGAGUGGGAGUGCCAAGGCUCUUACCCCCCCCUCCAGCUGCUGGCCAAGGUCUACACUGAGCAGACGGACGGGACCAAGGCGGUGGAGUACAAGAGCCUCUCGGCCCAGCGGCGGGGCAGCAGGGACCUCCGGGACUUGAGCUCGGGGGGGCAGCAGCAGCCCCCCAGGGCCGGCCGGCCUCUUCGGGCCCCCCUGCAGGCCGCCAAGUCCCUGCCCAUCCUCCAGCUCUCGGGAGGCCAGGAGCGGGCAGGACCUGAGCCUCGGACUCCCAGAGCGAGUCAGCGAGAUGCCACGGGGCCAUCGAGGAAGAUGGAUGGGGAUCGGCGCUAGAAGCCAGGUCCACGGUGGGAGUCACAGGAAGAGGGGGCCUCCCACCCCCCAGCCCAUCCCAUCCCACCCGCUCUGCAUCCUCCUCUCGGUGCGAGUCGAUGUGUGUAUCCUGUGACGGGCGCGGGAGAACCUCAGGAAGAACGAGCCUUCGGAACAUGCGUAGCCCUUAAAAAGACAAAAACAGAGAAACCCAGACCCAGAACAAGGAAACAUUGACUCGCGAGAACCACAACAAGUGUUUUUCUACAAACUGCAAAGAAGUCUCCUUAUUUUUGUAGCGUGCAGGAGCUGGGGGGUGAGAGGAGGCUGGCCCGGCCGCUCGGCCCGUUGUAAAUAGCCGGAGGCAGAUCCCGAGAUUAAUUUAUUACUUUUAUAAGCUAAGAUGAGAUGUGAGCACAGCUUCUGUGAAGGCACUUUGACCUCCUCCCCGCGGGAGGAGCCCUGGAUCCCGCCUGUCCGUGGUUUUUCUGUGUGGGGUUGGGGGUGCUUGAACUUCCCUGAGACUGUAGUGUUGACCCGGGCGGCGCCACUCCAGAGCGGGCAGGGCUGCCUGAGGCCCGGCUGGCACCCGCCCGCCCUGGGCAGCAGGGUGAGGGGUCUCUUCCCUGGCCCUGCUUGACAAAGACUUGUGGGAGCAGCUGCUCGAGGGUGGACCGAAGGUCUGUCUAGCCAGAGGUGUCUGGAUGGCGCUGUGUGACUCAGAUGCCAUAGAACCUCCCAGAGAAGUGGCCCCGUUUUCUCCUUCCUCGAGAUGCCCCCUCACCCCCCACACAUGCCCGUGCCCGGCAGCAGUGGCUAGAACCACACAUUUCCCUCCCCUGCUGAUGGCAGGCCUUUCUCUGUAGCCGCUGCCCUUAAAGAGGUCUCCUUCCCUCCCUCCCCCCCGCCCCAGACAGACCGCGCACCUUGGGAGGAAAACGAAAGCCCCGCUGCCGAAGAGAAGUGCCGGCGGGGGUCAGGAUUGGGGUGCCGAGUCCCUGGACAGUUUCAGUCCAGUUUGGGAGGCCCCUGGGAGCCCAGAGGUCAGGGCUCGGGGGGUCCUUGGGUGACAGAACUUGCCAGAGGCCACGUAGCCACUUAGUGGCAGAGCUGGGACUAGAAGCUGACUUUCUUGACUCCCAGCCCUGGGAUCUUUUCCCUUCCCAAGCACUACCCCGCGGCUGCCAGAAACCAGCCUGGAGUUCCCCUAGACACAGUGCAGACUGCCCCAGCAGUUCCCCCUUUGGACCCUCUGGGCCCCGGGACUUCUGCUCUUGCUCUCUGAACUCUGUUUCCAGCAUUUUGAGGAUCUGAACGUCCAGAAUCUUACAGAGAAAAAGUAGAAGCCUGGGAAGGUCCAGGACCUAGACAGACCUCCAUCCUCUCACUGAGUGGACGCUGUCCCUGCCCUGUCUUGUGGGGUCAAGAGGGGUGUUUCAGGGCUGGAACGAGGCCUGAGGGUCCCAGAAGGGACGAGCCAGCCUCCCUACGUCAGGCAAUUUUGCUGAAUGGAAGGGGAGAGUGGAGGUUUCCAUGAGCAGAGGAGGCUUCUCUUCCUUUAUGAGACCACAUUCCUGGGCCGGGCUUUCCCCGUCAUCCUGACUCGGCCAAACAGAAGGCUGGUUCCUUGUGCAGCCUUCAGGCUUCCAGGGAGUCAGCGGGGGUGGGAGACCCUCCGAGCCUCAGCUGAAGACAGCUGUCAUGCCACCGUCCAGGAUGUUAGAUGAUGGACUUGGCCCUUUGAGUGCUGCUGCUGCUGCUGCUGCUGCUGGGUUUUAAACUGGUUUUACCUUUGUUUUCAGUGCCUAAAGGAUCUAGAACGUUCCUGACAUGGCUACAAUUUAACUUGGCAGAAUGGAAUGAUAGAUGGAAAGACAAGUUCAGAUUCUGCCUCUGGCCCUUCCUGGCUGUGUGACUCCAGGCUUAGGAUGACCUCUCUGAGCCUUCAGGUUUCUCACCUGAGGAAUGAGAGGAGUGGGCUUGCUGGACUCUUGUUUGUUUUUUAAAACAUCUAAUCUUCUAAGGAUCAGUUCCAAAACGGAGGAUGAAGUGACUUGCCCAGGGUCACACAGCUAGGAAAUGUCUGAGGCCGGAUUUAAACUUAGCGAGGACCUCGUAUCUCCCGGCCUGGGUCUCAAACCAUGGAGCCACCCAGCUGUCUUAGCUUGUUGGACUCUUUUCCCUUCCAGUUCUGUAGUCCCUCUGUAACAUCCGUAACAGCCUUCUUAAUAGACAGUCUGUUGCAGCUGGAAAAAAUGGAUCCUCAUCUGGCCAAUCCUCAGCCUUGGGCUGGUGACAGGCCCAUAGGUAAUUGACCAGUGGGCUCUUCCGGCAGACUUGCAGAGUCACUCCUGCCCCAGGAAGCGUCCCUUCUCCAUUUUGGAAGCCCCAAGGACAUCCCUCCUUUGAUCCGACCAAUUGCAACAUCUUGGUUCCAAAGGAAACCGAAUAGAAGUAGGCUUUGGCUCUGUUAAGGUCAAGAUGGCCGUCUCUACACGCUGGGGUCAGCCCGGUGGACAAACGGGCAUUUAUUACACAUUUGUGACCCCGAGCCCGUCCACAGAGACACCUGCCCUGCCCUCUGGAAGCUCACGUUUUUGUGCACUGAAGUCGGGUUUUUGUCCGAGCUUGCAGCCUUGAACCCAACAGAAAAGGCCGCUGAUUGGCAGGCUUUGGUUUUCUGGAAUAGGAGCUGGAGGGAUGUAGAGGACUAAGGAAAUGGGCAGUCAGGUAAAUUUCCCAAUUAAAUAUAUUAUCUUUUUAACCUUUUUUUUUUAAUUUCCUCGGCCCCUAUUCAAGCUUGAAGACGGGCAUCCUGCCAGUCUUGAAUUCUCAUCGUGUUCUUUCAUAUUCAGAUGAUCUCCACUUUAAAAGAAUGUGAUUUCUCGUCCUUAGGGGACUAGAUGAAGCCAGCUUCCCCUUCUUCUCCCCAGGUCCUGGAACCAGUUUUCUCCAUGCUUCCCCAGUCCUUCCUGGGCCCGCAUUCCAAAGGUUUCCCAGGGGAUGUGGCCUGGAAGGGCCGAAGCCCCCGCUCGGGGGUCAGUCUCCAGGAUAGCCCAGGAGGAAUGACCUCAACCUCCAUUUUGCUCGUUUGUGUGUAGACCUCCGAGGUCAUGGUUUGGGGGCUCCUUCCCUCAGUUCUCGUCUCUGUGUGUUCCUGGGCCCCCCAUUGCCCCUUCCGCCUUGUAGCAGCUCCUGGCACGUGGUAGGGGUCCUGGGAGAGCUUUCUGAAUGGACUUCAAGUCUGUUCGAUGAUUAAACACCCACUUAGAGGGUUGGAAGUGGGUCCGAGAUGAGCAUUAAAGGCAGUCAGCCAUCGCUCCUACAAUGCCACUGAGGUCAAGGCCCCGAGGGCUGAGUCUGGAGUCUCCCCCUUUUUGGUGCCCAGGCCCCUUGGAUGGUCUGAUAGAGCCUAGGGCCCGCCCUCUCUGAACCCCUUUGCAAAUAGCCAAAGGAAAUGGCAGGUUUCUAUUAAAGGGCUAUGAAAAGGAAGAUGUCAUGUGCCCAUCCGAGUGGGUACACACCCCACCCCCACCCCCAUAUCUCCAAUUUCCGGUGGGGAGACCCCUAGGAUCAGUCACUUCCUUUCCUUGGGCUUCUGAUUUCCACCUCUGUAAAAUGGGGGCUGGGUUAGCUCAGGAAUUCUUAGCCUUCAUCCCUUUCCCAAAACCACGUUUUUAAAUGCCUAAAACAAGAUAGGAUCACAAAUGAAACCUCGGGAAGAGCCACUGCCCAAAACCUCAGUGUUUUAGGUUCACAGAAGCCCAGAUAACCCCUAACGUAAGAUGCCUUGUAGCGUUGGCACCCCAUCCCCCUUGGAGACGGCUAAGUGGAGCAACAGGCCCGGAGUUGGGAAGGCCUCAGACACUAGCUGUGUGGCUCUGAACAAGUCACUUCACCCCUCUUGGACUCAGUUUCCUUAUCUAUAAAGUGGGAGUAAUGACAGCCCCUGCCUUCAGUUGUGAGGAUCAAAUGAAAUGAUAUUUGUCAAGUGUUUAGCACAGGGCCUGGCACAUUUGGACACUGUCUGCGUGCUUAUGCCCUUCCUUUCCCCCAAGCAGAGAGAACCCCUAGGGUCCAUUUUCAGAUAUCAUGCCAUCUUUUAUAAACUUUUGAACUGUGGAAUAGCAGGUUUGGAAGGGAGCUUGGCAUAUACACAGAAUAGAAGGAAGCCUCACGUACAGGACGCUAAAACUGGGAAAGGCCCAAUACCGUGGGGCGGCAGAUUUGGGAGGAAUCUUAAAUUCUCUGAGCUGAGGGGGGAUUUGAAAACAGAACAUCAGGAUUUCCUCGAAGCAUUCCCCCUCUCCAGAGGGCUUCAGGCAGAGCCCACAGCCGAGAGCCAGUUUAGACCGAGGAUCUUGGCUCCUAUUUACAGAGACUUGUCCAAGGCGAGCAGUGGCCCAAGUCAGGAUUGGACUAAUGACCCCUGCUCAGUGGUCCGGCCUUCCUGCCUCCCUAAUCGUGCUGACCAUUUUUUUUUUAAGCUCACCCCUGGGCAAAACAAAGAAGCAGCAGCAACAGAAACCCACUGGUCCAGCUUCCAACCUCGGACCUGGAUUUGGGGCAAAAUGUCCAUCCACAAAACCAAAAACGAAACCCUUACUCGUGUGGAUCCACAGCGUGGGGGCUCCGGGACCAUGGGGGGAAGGGGCAAGUUUAUGACAAAGCCAGGAGCAGUUGCAAAUGCCUGUUGUGCCCACCAGGGAGAGGGGUGCUGAGGCUGGUGGGUUCUGAGCUGGGCAUCAGCUUAGGAAGUCCUCAUGAGGGAGGGACUAGGCCACCAGGCUGCCUAUGGAGCGGGUGGACUGGCCCAGGUUGGAAACAGGGCAGAGCCCACCUCUGAUAAGUUGUAGAAAGAAGCAGGCCUGUAAGCGAAGUCUGCAUGUACGAUGAUAAAGGAACUUAAGGAUUUCCAGGGACUUUCCGGGGCCAAGUUUGAAUGCACCACAACAGCCAUGGAUCUGUUUCUCUUGAGUUUCCUUUCAGACAGGAAAUAGACAUUUCUAAAUGGUGGGGGUUUUUUUUCCCCUUUUGAAGUCAGGUGGUUGCAUCCUUUAAUGACUUAGCCCCAAGUCUAAUCUUGGAUUCUUUCAGAUCUUCCAGAUCUUAGAUGUUCAGCAAAACAUUUUUUCAUGGUGGAAACUGGAACAGAUCCAUCCAGCACAGGGAAUCCUUGCAUUGUGACUUGUGUGACGGAAGUUGUGUUCCUUUUGUAGGAAGCCCCAAAAACUCACCCACACAAUUCCCACAGGGUCCCGGCUGACUUCCCGAAGCUCAUUGUAAAUCUGGCAUGAAUGCUAGUAUGUCUCGGUAUGGAGCAAGGCAGCCACUUCUUUAGGGAGCAUUCUGGCCUCGUCAGAGGUUCAACCUUUGGUUGGAGAAAGAAAUCAUAAAGGCCUGGCCUCCACCCCUAGAGUUGUCACUAGGAACUUUCUGGGACCAAAAAGAUGGACCUAGAGCUGGAACAAAUCUGAGAGGCCACCUUGGACGAGCUGGCCAGUGGAAUUUAAUCCCUGACUUUUUAUCUAGUGCUCUUGGCCCUAUGGUACCCUGAGGCAACCUCAUUUCACAGAUGGGUAAACUGAGGCCUGGGAGAAGAGAUUUGUCCAAGUUCCCAGAAUAUGAGCCAGGGCUAAGAACCCAGACUUCCCAAGGACCAGGCCCUUCCUAUUUGCUCUCCUCCUUCCUUUUUGUUCAACUAAAUCUAGAGAACAAAAUAGGAUGGUCAGAUGAGGAAAAUUCUGUCCAGAACUCAUUUUAAAAAAACAAACCAGGAAAUGUUCAAUGUGUCUAUGGGAAUUUUUACAUUUUUUUUUCAGCCUUUUUCCCUACCCCCCAAAAAAGUUGGAAUUCAACUAUAAAUGCCUGAGUCAACUUCUUGUUCGUCUUUUGGGAAACAUUUCAUAUAAUUAAAGACUUCUAAUGGAAAAUUCACCAGCUGGGGAACUCACAGCCGUGGCAUAAACUGUCUGCUUCCUCCCAUGGUUUUAAGGACAAGAAUUAGCCAGAUCCGCUUCCUCCCCUUUAGCUGGCCACAGUGCGAUUUGUCACCCCCACACUCCUUUAAACAGCUGGUCCCCCUUCAGACACCUUUUGCUACCAGGCUUCCGUGUAGUUGCCAAGUUUCCGGCACUCUCCCGGCCCCCUCUUGUGACGGUGAGUUUUGUAAGUCAUCUGAGCUGCUCCUUCCCAUUCUUGUUUUCUAGGCCGCCUAUGUUUACAUUUCAGUAUGCAUGUGUGCGAUUUCUGGGGUUGUGCUGAGAAUCCUGCCUUUUACAUGUCCAAUUUCUAGAACUCCUGUACAGUUUGUAUUGCUGAUGACUCGGUGCCACGCUACCAAGCCCACGUCGUGUGACUUUUUUAAUGUGACCAAAGCCAUUGAGUAGCCCCCCUUUCCCCUCCCUGCACCCCCAGGCCCCUAGGUCUGCUGGGCCUGGGUACUUCAUUCAUUGCCCCAAGGUCUCCCUGUCACCCCAAAAGGAGCUUCCCUCUGCACGGAAGACAGAGGUUGUUCUGCCCAUUCCAUCGUUAGCUGGCCACAGUGCAUGACUCGUUCCCCCUUCUCCAUAUGCAGAAACCUGGGAGCAUUUUCUGGGUUUUCUAUUGAAUAAAAAAAAUAAUAAGACAAAAAGAAAA